AACAUUUCCAACACCGACACAUGGCGGCUGCUUAAGCUGGUGGAUUUUCCUCCUUGAAAAACAGGCACGUUAAAUCGCAGUCCACGCGGCGCGAUUCCAGUUCCACGUCUUUCGCCCGCGCGCUGUGGAGUGUGACAGUUCAAUCCGGCAGGAACAAGCCUGUCCUGGAUUUCCUAACCGCUCCCGCUGCUGCUGGUUGACUACAUUGUAUCAGUUCCCACACGAAGACCCAGCACGGUGCUCGACUGAAAACGGUGAAUACGGAGGAAUUACCCUGGAUGGAAAGCUACUAACGGUUGGAUUAAUCGUAAUAAAGUCGUGGGAGAAGAGCGGACUUGUAUUGGCCUUGAGACCGCAGCGAUAAAAAUGCGCUCCGGACUCGGCUGUUUUCGCUGUGGACGGUGUCUCGAAGUGUGAUGGCAGAAGUCCAGUGAAUCGCUGGCCUCCCCUCUUCUCUUGUGUUGGAUGUCUUGGGGAGUGCGUUGCCACUGGUUUCUAGUGCUUAAACAUUUUUAAAGGUUUUAUUGUUAUUCAAGCUCGUUACUCUGAUUUGUUUUUUUAUGGAGCACACACCACCAUGGACAAACUACGGUUUGGAUUAGGAGUGUUUAGUUAAGUAGGGCAAAAUGUGGUUAAAUGGGACAGGAACGAGUAGACCGUGAAGAUUCUCUAACCCUUGCCCUUGAGUCCCAACCGUCUGAGAGGGUGUCGGACCUCACUGAGGCAAUCCUGGGCCGUUGGCACUAAAAUGUCCCUAAGUGGUGGCACUGCAGGCGGGAAAGGUGUGGACUCUAAUGCGGUGGACACUUACGACAGCGGGGAUGAGUGGGAUAUCGGUGUUGGAAAUCUGAUUAUUGACCUUGACGCUGACUUAGAGAAGGACAAACUUGAGAUGUCUGGCACCAAGGACGGCAUGGCGGCACCACCCAGUGCAGUGGCAGCGUUGCCUGACAACAUACGGUUUGUUAGUCCAGUGUCUGGCUCUCAAGGCAAGGAGAGCAAAUCCAAAUACAAGCGCAGUAAGAACUCUAAAGACAAUAGUAGCAAAGCUUCAGCUGGAGAUGUGGGUAAAAAAGAGACUACAGGACGGACUCAAGGGGAGCCAACAGGCCCAGCAGCGAGUGCAGUAGCUGCUAGCAACAAUUCCACCUCUGGGAAGAACAUGGAAAAAGGGGGCAAAGCCUCCAGGGGUGUUCUCAGUGGUAAAAAAGAGAAAGAAGGGGCUAGUGGGAAAAAUAAGAAGGACAAAACAGAUGGCGCCCCAGUUGUGGCAAUUGGUGUCACAGAGAAGGAUGUAUCUCAAGCCCAAGUUGCUUUGGGGAAUAGUCGUAAUACAUCCUUUGAGAACACACAAUCAACAGACUUGGCAGAUGCCAAUCAAAUGGGGAAUAUUGCACUUGAAUCUGUUGGGAUAGUAUCAGCAUUGACCACGAAAGCCGAACCAGAGGAGGUGGAAAAUGGUAAUGAGUGCAAGACGUUGAAGAAAGUCAAAAAUGAGAAGAUGGAAUCUCCUGUCUCCACGCCAGCUCCUCCCCCUCUCCACCUCCUGGCCACAGUAGGCAACAGUGAAAUUGCCUCGCCAUGUGAACAGAUAAUGGUGCGCACACGCAGUGUGGCUGUGAACACAUCCGAUGUGGCCCUGGCGACUGAACCUGAGUGCUUGGGACCCUGCGAACCUGGUACCAGCGUCAAUCUCGAAGGCAUCGUGUGGCAGGAAACCGAAGAUGGCAUGCUGGUGGUCAAUGUUACCUGGAGAAACAAGACCUAUGUGGGCACCCUGUUGGACUGUACACGGCAUGACUGGGCUCCCCCCAGCAGGUUUUGUGAAUCACCCACAAGUGAUCUGGAAAUGAGAAAUGGCCGUGGUCGCGGUAAGCGAAUGAGACCGAACAGCAACACCCCCAUCAACGAGAACAGCAACUCAUCCGACAACAAGGGCACCACCAACAACAAAACACGUGCUGCGUCUAACAGCAAGGGCCGUAGGGGCAGUCAGACACCAUCAGAGCGCCGUACUCCACCAAACAGCAAUACAGAAGACAUCAAGGCCAGUCCCUCCUCAGCUGGAAAACGCAAGACCAAACCAGCGUCAGACAUGGAGCCUAAUUCCAGCUCAGAGGACACCAAAGGCAACAAACGUAUGCGGACAAACUCCAACAGUGGAGGCGUGGGGCCAACGGGUCUCCCUAUCCCUUCGGUUAAGACUGAGCCACUUCCACCCCCCCUUGAUCGUGGUUGUCCCUCUCCAGUUCUUAUUGAUUGUCCACAUCCUAACUGCAACAAAAAGUACAAGCACAUCAAUGGUCUAAAGUACCACCAAGCCCGUGCCCACAAUGAUGACGAUAUAAAGUUGGACUUAGAUGGAGACAGCGAAUAUGGAGAAGACUCGACGCUCCACCCGGAACCGGGAAACUGUAAUGGAGCGUCCAUCUCCCAGAAAGGGUGCUUAUCUCCAGCACGUUCAGUUACUCCAAAAGGCAGGAACUUUGAUGCCCAAAGUCCUUCUCCAUCUCCUGGCAAGUUUGGUUCAAAGCAAAGUAAAAAGAAAAUUGCAGAGACAGAUCCAGAAGCAGGAGGUACACCAAUGGAUGGUUGUGAGGAUGGGCCAUGCCUUACUGAUGAGGCCAGUAACGAUGGAUUAGAUGAUAAGAGAGGAUCAGAUAAGUCUAAAAAGGCUGGCACAAAAGCGGAUAAAAUGGGCCAGAAAAACUUGAAGUCACCACGUCCCAUAGGUCCUGGCCCGACCCCAUCCCAACAGAUGUAUUCUUUUCCCCCUGGGAACCCAAAUUCUUCCCCAGGGCUAACUCCGAUGAUACAAGGAAUCCCCAAGAGUCCCCAAAUGAAAGGCACACAGCCUAAACCCCCAGCCAUUGGAGAUCCUGCUUCAAGUAGCUCCAAAGACAAGAAGAAGAAAGACAAAAAGAAAAAAGAUGGUGGGAAGGAUGCUGACAGCCCUAAGCCUCCAGGAAAAGGAGGGAAACCAGAGGAAGGAAAGCUUCCAUACUCUGAACCUUGUGAUCAAGGUAACAAGGGGGAUGGCCUCCUCAAUGGUUCAUCAGAUCCUCUUCAGAGUCGCUUGGCCAGUAUCAAGGCUGAGGCUGACAAGAUUUAUAGCUUUUCUGACAACGCCCCAAGUCCAUCCAUUGGUGUUGCGAGUCGGAUAGAUGGCAGUGGGAUGCCACAACCUCUCACACCACUUCAUGUGGUGAACCAGAAUGGUGCUGAUAACUCUUCAGUCAAAACCAAUAGCCCGGCCUAUUCAGACAUUUCAGAUGCUGGUGAGGAUGGCGAAGGGAAAUUAGAAGGUGUCAAAGUCAGGACAGAGGACCAAGCCAUCAGGGAAAGUGUCAAAAAGGCACUCUUUCCAAACCAGACACCCAACAAAGAUUCCCCGUACUAUCCUGGUUAUGAGACGUACUACUCACCCAGUUAUGUCAACCCCAGCCCCGGUGGGCCAAAUCCAGGUGUACCAGCAACUGAGGGUCAGGCUAAGAUCAAAAGGGAUGAUGAACCAGACCAAGUUGAGGAAAAAGUGAAGAUUGAAGUUCAUGAAGAUCGUAAACCAGAUAGCAGCGUGUCUGGUCAGCAGCAACAGCAACCCUCAGUCAUCCAACAGCGAUCGAACAUGUACAUGCAGCCCCUGUACUACAACCAGUACGCUUAUGUCCCUCCUUAUGCAUACAGCCCUGAUCAAGCCUACCAUAACCACUUGAUGAACACCAAUGCAGCAUACCGGCAGCAGUACGAGGAGCGGCAGCGACAAAUGGCUGAACAGCAUCGUGCCGCUGAAAAAAAGUCAGACGUAUUAAUCAAAGAGAGAGAAGUUUCCAUGAAGGAUGAAUGGAAACAAAAGAGCCCAAUGCCUCCAAGCCUCUCCAAAGCCCCAAGUCAGUCAGACCUCGGAAAGCCCUCAAGCAAAUCCAGGGACUCGCCCCCUGAACCUUCCUCCAAGUCCAUUGGAAGCAUAAAGGGGGAGGAUUCUAAGUCCCAGCAAGCUGAGGGACUAAAGAUGAAACUGACUGAAGGGGGUCACCAUGGAAAGGAAGACCCCAUGCAAGCACUGGAGUCCAGGGGUCAGGCUGGGAUGGAGCAGGCUAUGUGGUACAGACAGUACCCUGAGAGCCAGAAGCUCCAAGCUGAAGAGGAACAUCAGCAACAACAGCUUAGAAGAAAAGAUGAACGGGACCGGGACCGUAAAUUAAAAGAAGAAAGACCCAGGCCAAAGGAAAGUGGACCCAAGGAGGAUGGCAAAGAUGGGAGUGAUCCCAGAAUCACUUCAGAGGACCAUAGAGCCAUAAGCAAAGACUCUCGUUCUAAUCCCCACAUGCAGUUCACUUCACCACUAGCACAGCACCAAGGCUACAUGCCCUACAUGCAUGGUUACCCCUAUGGACAAGGCUAUGACCCCAACCACCCUGGAUACAGGGGCAUGCCUUCAGUCAUGAUGCAGAAUUACCCAGGUUCUUACAUACCUGGAGGUUAUCCAUUUUCUCCAUAUGGGAGUAAAAUAGCUGGAGGUGAAGAAGGCAGUGAGAAAUCUCGCGCUAGCCCUACUGUUACUAAAACGGCAACAGAUUCCAAAGCCCUGGAUAUCCUGCAUCAGCACGCCAGCCAGUACAAGAGCAAGUCCCCCACAGUGGGUGACAAACCACCCCACGACAGGGAAAGGGAGCAGGAACGAGGACCUGCUGGAGACAGAGAUCGGGAAAGGGAGCGCGAGAGGGACAGAGAAAGAGAUGUGGACCGACCGCGCUCCUCGCCCUCCCAGCGCAUCAUGCCCUCUCACCACCACCUGGGAUAUCCCCUGCUCUCAGGGCAAUAUGACCUGUCCUACGCCACAGGGAAACCCGACCGUCACACCUCAACCGUGCAUAGAUUCAUAUGACUGGCUCACAUGUGAACAAGAUCUCCUGGUUGUUACCUUUUUAGACAUCAGUUGAAUGGUGUUUCUAUCUUUAUCUUUUAGUUCCUCUGCCCCAAGGCAAGGCAGACUGUUGUUGUUGUUUGUUUUUGUUUUUUUUCCCCUCGUAAAAUGUCCCAAAUUCUCCAUCCGUGGACUGUAACAGGACUGAUGGUAACCCAGGUUCAAAGCCAUCUCUCUGCCCCAUCAUGCAGAGGAAACACCGACCCGCUGAUCAUCUAGUCUUUGCACUGUCAACAAAUACAAUGCAAAAAGAGACUUGGACUGCCAGAACAGCUUUCAUCGUUUUUUUUUUUUUUUUUUUCCUGACUGCAUUGUUUUUUGAUUUGUUUUUGUUGGGUCACGCAGAAAGAAAUUGGCAGGGAAUGUGGAGAAGCCGGGUGGCUGAUGGGGGAAGAGGAGUCAAACUAAAGACUGGCUCACUGUAUGCCGCGAGACAACAGUAUAUCCUUAACUUGACAAAUGUUUGGCUAUAUUUCGUGGGUAGAGGGAAUAUGGCAACAGCUGCUUUCUCAGAGACUUAAGAGCCUGAGACUGAAGUUUUUCAUCUUCCAUCGUCAUCACUUCCCACCUUCUUUGAACCCUCACGUCUUGUUUCAGGGAUGAUGUCGUCAUGUUUUGCGAAGGGACCGCACUCACCUCAAUGGAGAAUAAACACUAUUCAUGUUUUUCUUUUUCUCAGUAAAUACACAAGUCUUCUUUCCAUAUCAUCUUGUCCAUCUUUUAAGGUGUCUGAUGCUGGUUUGGUCCUGUUUUUUCCAGUCACAUCUGUCUUUAAGCUCAAACAGUGAAGCCACAUCAGCAAGCGAUGGGUUCAUGGGGCACCGCCAUUGUUGCAUCCUGCCACAUGUGGGGGUUUUUUGGUGUUUCACUCUGAUUGUGCUUCUUUCACUUUGAUUGUUUCCUGUAAACAAUGUGAAAUUUCACUCAUGUAUUUUUCUGCUGUAAUAUAGACUUUUAUCUUACCUUUAUGUGCAUAAAUGUUUAUAUUUACCCAGCAUGCAACUGUUUGAAAAACUGUUAAAUAGCUUUCAGCCUUCACAGCAUUUACCAUUAUGUGCUCAGAUCAUUACUGUUGCUGCAGUCCCUGGACGUCUUGUGUCCUUUUCCUUUGGUGCGUAGGUUUUGCUUGUCUUGCCUCUAAUGUUUUCUUUUGUUUUUUAAUUUUUUUCUUCUGAUUUACUUGAUCACAAGCUUGGUUAACAUCUCCAUCCAUCCCGACAUGCUGUGUGCAGUUAGACUGGCUUUACUCCUCUGGAUUACUGUCUGUGUCUCAGAACUGCCGACUCAGUCAAAUGAAGUGAAAACGACGUGAUAAAUCGGUGUGAUUUUAAGCUAACGUUCAUUGGCAGUACUUUGAUUCUCUCUGUGCUUCGAUUGCUCAUGUGGCUUCACCAUAACACACGGUCGCCUCUGACUUUUAGCAUGUUUUUUUCCUUUAAAAUGGCAACUUAAUUUUGGAUCAGCCCAUUAGUGGACACCUUUUUUUUUUUUUUUUUUUAAAUUGAUGUUGCCUGUGGAGUAACAUCAGCCGACUGGCCCAUUAAAUCUGCAGUAAGUGCAUGUGAUGACCCAGCUGUUGCUAUUACAAAAACAAAUAUGAACCAGUCAGAUGGCGACAGCUGAAUCUAAAUUAAAAGGCAGUGCAAGCCAGUUAAAGUGUAAAAUAGAGCAACGUGAAUGUGGUAAAUCGAGUGAAAUGGGGCCUCGAUUAUGCACACAUGACUGAAAGUAGGAAGCCAUAAAGUUGCCCAGUGAGCUGAAAAAGCAGCACGUCGCUCCAGGCCGCCUUCUGGAUCUCAGACAGGUGGUCCAUCUUUGUAAAUUCAGUCAGGUUAACUUUGAAUUGACACAAAAAACCUCUGUCAGCAUGGCCUGUUCUACCAGAGGCCCGUCUUGGCUUUAAAUUACAGUUCUCUUAUACCUCAGGGGUUGUAAGUGAAAUUCUACCCAUAUGCUAUUCGCAUUGAUUUCAGAGGGUUUCUCUUUGUGGGUAUGUGGGGGGAAAAAAGAAGAAAAAAAAAAGCCCAUUCUGCUCUGGGCUGGAUGUGUUGUUGAGGUUCAUUCAGGAUAAAGGCACUGUGUUAAGGUUAAACCAUGCUUUUGUGGGUUGUAACCAGUCUUAAUGUUCCUCUAAAGCAUUGUAAUGACAGUAGAAUAUUGACCAUGUUGUCAUUAAAUUUAAUUUAGAUUUUUUUUUUUUUUUUUUUGGUUUUACAAACACUUUUAAAUGUUCCCAUCUUUGUAGUUUUUGUUUUUCUCAUUGAGUCCCUGCACCACCAGUAAAACUCUUAAGUUAAACACCCUCUGAAGCUGGAAGUUAGUUGUUCACCGACACACUCAUCCUGAUUAAGAAACUGCAGCUCUUCAUUUUGAGGUUCUCGGACAUUCCAAGUGAACAAGUUGCCAGUUUCUCGUCCCAUGAAAGUUUGCAAGAUGGUAUAUAUUUUGACUUUUGUGUGCAUCUUAAAGAAGAAUGGCUGACACGAAUAAGCUGAAUGUGGUGGUGUGUGACUUGUAAUUAAUCUGUAAGGGUAAUCUAGGCAGCUGUGAUGUUGUCAUUAAAGUCAGUGGGUUUUAGUACCAGCAGACUGCAUACAGUACAUAUAGUUUUAUCAGACAAUGGUUGUGACAAGUGCAUUUGUUCUCUCUCUGAGAGUAGUAAUGUUAUCUCAGUAGUAAACAAAGCCCAGUGAAAAUCAUUUAUUCUAAAGUGUAUGAAAAGCCAGAAAAGUAAUGUUUGCUAUCAACAUAUUGGAAAGUGCUUGGCUCUUGUAUUUUGCAGGACUGUAUUUGUUUCAUGGUGAAGAGUAUAUUUAUUGGCCAGCAGUUGUCUCAAUUGGUGCCUAGUCGAACAUUCUUCUGUGAAAACACAGAAACACUUGCUCGUUUGUCCUUUCCUAACCCACCUCCUGACACACACCUCCUCCCCCCUGCACCCGCACCCCCCAUCCCACCCCACCCCCCUCCCUCCUGAGUACCAGUACUGGUGCUUGCAAGGAUGUUUACAAUGGCUUCAUUUUUUUCUUUCUGUGUGAGAAAUUCAGAACUCUUCUCCCUCUUCCUCUGUUUGCUUUCCCUUCAGGAGUUUGUGUAAAGUGUACAUUACCAUGGUUCUUUUUUAUACAAUACUCUGUAACUUGCCUUUGUAAAUUUGGGCUGGAAAAAAAAAAAUAAAUCUUUUUAUGAGA